UAACCUUCUCUUCACACUAACCUUCGAAUCAAAAUGAAGUGGGCUUACAAGGAGGAGAACAACUUUGAGAAGCGUCGUGCCGAAGGAGACAAGAUCCGCAGAAAGUACCCAGACCGUAUUCCAGUGAUUGUUGAGAAAGCACCAAAGUCAAAGCUCCAUGACUUGGAUAAGAAGAAGUACUUGGUCCCAUCCGAUCUUACUGUUGGACAGUUCUACUUCCUCAUCAGAAAACGCAUCCAACUUCGUCCAGAAGAUGCUCUGUUCUUCUUUGUCAACAAUGUCAUUCCACAAACCAUGACCACAAUGGGACAACUCUACCAGGACCAUCACGAGGAAGACUUGUUCCUUUACAUCGCCUACAGUGACGAAAGUGUGUAUGGAGGAGAGGUCGAAAAGAAGGAAUAAAGUGUCAUGUAUUAUCCGCCGACGAAUGUGUAUACUUGUACAAUGGAAAUUUCAUACUUCUAAUGGAAACCCAAAGCCCCUUUAAAAAAAUCUUCUCAUUUUCUGUAAUAAUUCUGUAUUUCCUUCACAUUUUCUUCUCAUUUUUCUCGUAUGACGGUUCCGAGUAGUGACUUCUAUUCAAACUAUUGUCUACGAAGUUGCUCUUCUCCCCUCCCAGAAAAUCAUGUUUUCUCUCGGAUUUUGAUAUUUUUUUGCUAUUACUUUCAAAUUUUUGAUUCAUGAAUAAACGAAGAAGACACAAAC